AUGGGCAAGCCUAUGGGACUGAAUGCUGCUCGGAAGCUUCGGCUUCAUCGUCAAAAGCAACGCUGGGCCGACAAGGACUACAAAAAAGCCAACUUCGGAACCAGAUGGAAGGCCAACCCCUUCGGUGGUGCCUCUCACGCCAAGGGAAUCGUGCUCGAGAAGAUUGGUGUCGAAGCCAAACAGCCCAACUCUGCCAUCCGAAAGUGUGUCCGUGUUCAACUUAUCAAGAACGGAAAGAAGAUCACCGCCUUCGUUCCCAAUGACGGUUGCUUGAACUUUGUUGAGGAAAACGAUGAGGUGCUUGUCGCUGGUUUCGGUCGUUCGGGUCACGCCGUCGGAGAUAUUCCCGGAGUUCGUUUCAAGAUUGUUAAAGUCGCCAACACAUCCCUCAUUGCCUUGUUCAAAGGAAAGAAAGAAAGACCACGUUCA